AGGAGAGAUGGACAUAAAGGAUCAAGGAGCACAGAUGGAGCCGCUUCUGCCACCGGUCCACAGUCCGGGAAGCGAGAGUGAAUCAGUGAGUGAAUCGAGAAAUGAUGAGGAGGCAGUACUGGACAGAGGAGGGACGAGGUCCAUGCUCAACACCAACUUCGAGAAAGAAGAGCUAGAAGGCCACCGUACCCUGUACAUUGGAGUCCAUGUGCCGCUCGGCAGAAGGUCGCACAGACGGCACCGUCACCAUGGACACAGACACAGGAAGCGGUCCAGAGAGAGGGAUUCUGGCACGGAGGAUGGCCGCGAGUCACCCUCAUACACGGACACCCCGUCCCAGCGUGUGCAGUUCCUGCUGGGCACGGAGGACGAUGACGAGCAGCACAUCCCUCACGCCCUCUUCACUGAGCUGGACGAGAUCUGCCUCCGGGAGGGAGAGGACGCCGAGUGGAAGGAGACCGCCAGGUGGCUGAAGUUCGAGGAGGAUGUGGAGGACGGUGGUGAGAGGUGGAGUAAGCCCUACGUGGCCACCCUGUCGCUGCACAGCCUGUUUGAGCUGCGCUCCUGCAUCCUCAAUGGCAUCGUCAUGCUGGACAUGAGGGCGGACUCCCUGGAGGAGAUUGCAGACAUGGUCCUGGACCAGCAUGAGUCGACGGUGUCCCUGGGCGAGGACGUCCGGCGCAAGAUCAAGAACGCUCUGCUGAAACGCCACCACCACCAGAACCAGAAGAAGCUGGGCCACCGCAUCCCCAUCGUCAGGUCCUUCGCAGACAUCGGCAAGAAGCAGUCCGAACCACACAACAUGGACAAGAACGGCGGUCAGAUAGUGUCACCGCAGUCCCAGCCGGCCACUACAGAGGGAGGAGGCGGCAGCAGGGAGAACAGCUCAGUCGACUUCAGCAAGGUAGACCUGCACUUCAUGAAGAAGAUCCCCCCGGGCGCUGAGGCCUCCAAUAUCCUGGUGGGUGAGCUGGAGUUUCUGGAGAAGCCGGUGGUGGCCUUCGUACGUCUCUGCCCCGCUGCCAUGCUAAAUGGCAUCGCUGAAGUCCCCAUCGCCAGCAGGUUCCUGUUCAUCCUGAUGGGCCCCAUGGGGAAGGGCCCCCAAUACCAUGAGAUCGGGCGCUCCAUCGCCACCCUCAUGACAGAUGAGGUGUUCCAUGACGUGGCGUAUAAGGCUAAGGAGCGUAGUGACCUGGUGGCAGGUAUUGACGAGUUCCUGGACCAAGUCACUGUACUGCCACCUGGAGAGUGGGACCCCACCAUCAGGAUAGAGCCUCCCAAAAACGUACCCUCUCAGGAGAAGAGGAAGUUGCCACCACUGCCAAACGGCAUCACAGACCUGGCAGAGGCGGAGCACGGGGGACACGGGGGCCCUGAACUGCAGCGCACUGGGAGGUUGUUUGGGGGUCUGAUCAUGGACAUCAAGCGCAAGGCUCCGCACUACCUGUCGGACUAUACGGACGCGUUGAGUCUGCAGUGUCUGGCCUCCUUCCUCUUCCUCUACUGCGCCUGCAUGUCCCCCGUCAUCACCUUCGGAGGGCUGCUGGGGGAGGCCACGGAGGGACGCAUAAGUGCCAUCGAGUCCCUGUUCGGCGCCUCCAUGACGGGCAUCGCCUACUCCCUGUUUGCCGGCCAGCCCCUCACCAUCCUGGGCAGCACGGGGCCCGUACUGGUCUUCGAGAAGAUCCUCUACAAGUUCUGCAAGGACUACGGGCUCUCGUACCUCUCCCUGCGCGUGUGCAUCGGGCUGUGGACGGCCUUCUUCUGCCUGCUCCUGGUUGCCACGGACGCCAGCUCGCUGGUGUGCUACAUCACGCGCUUCACCGAGGAGGCCUUCGCCUCGCUCAUCUGCAUCAUCUUCAUCUACGAGGCGCUGGAGAAGCUCAUCCACCUGGGGGAGCACUACCCCUUCAACAUGCACAACGACCUCAACAAACUCACACACUACUCGUGUGUGUGCACGAUGCCAGAACACCCCAGCAACAGCACACUGAAAUACUGGGCAGAAAAUAACAUCACUGCUAUCGACAUAGAUUGGAGAGACCUGGAUGUCCGGGGCUGCAUAGCGCUGCACGGGCACUUUGAGGGCACGGCAUGUGGGCACCAUGGCCCCUACAUCCCCGACGUGCUCUUCUGGUCCGUGGUCCUCUUCUUCUCCACCGUGGCCAUGUCCUUCUUCCUCAAGGAGUUCAAGACCAGCCGAUACUUCCCCACCAGGGUCAGGUCGGUCAUCAGUGAUUUCGCCGUCUUCAUCACCAUCCUCACCAUGGUCCUCAUAGACUAUGGCCUGGGGGUGCCCUCCCCAAAACUACAGGUGCCCAGCAAGUUCAAGCCAACCAGAGACGACCGCGGCUGGCUGAUCAGUCCUAUUGGUCCGAACCCCUGGUGGACGGUCCUCAUCAGCUGCCUCCCGGCCCUGCUCUGCACCAUCCUCAUCUUCAUGGACCAGCAGAUCACGGCCGUCAUCAUCAACCGCAAAGAGCACAAACUCAAGAAGGGCUGUGGCUACCACUUGGACCUGUUCUGGGUGGGCCUGAUGCUGGGCGUGUGCUCGGUGAUGGGCUUGCCGUGGUUCGUGGCGGCCACUGUGCUCUCCAUCUCCCACGUCAACAGCCUGAAGCUGGAGUCGGAGAGCUCGGCGCCCGGCGAGCAGCCCAAGUUCCUGGGCAUCCUGGAGCAGCGCUUCACGGGACUCAUGAUCUUCACGCUGAUGGGAUGCUCCGUCUUCAUGACCUCCGUGCUCAAGUUCAUUCCCAUGCCUGUCCUGUAUGGGGUGUUCCUCUACAUGGGAGCCUCCUCUCUCAGGGGUAUACAGUUCUUCGACCGUCUGAAGCUGUUCGCCAUGCCGGCUAAGCACCAGCCGGACUUCAUCUACCUGCGCCACGUGCCCCUGAGGAAGGUGCACCUCUUUACCAUCGUCCAGCUCAGCUGCCUGGUCAUGCUCUGGGUCAUCAAGACAUCCAAAGCGGCCAUCGUUUUCCCCAUGAUGGUGCUGGCCCUGGUGUUUAUCCGUAAGCUGCUGGACUUCCUCUUCAGCAAGAGGGAGCUGAGCUGGCUGGACGACCUGAUGCCUGAGAGCAAGAAGAAAAAACUGGAGGAUGACGGGACAGAGGAGGUUCACAGUGGCAUUGUGGAGGAGGAGGGCAUUGUCCAGGUACCAAUGGAAGGCCAUUACAAGGAUGACCCGUCCUCUGUCAACAUCUCUGAUGAGAUGACAAAGGCUUCUUUUGGCAACGUGUUUAAAGGCCUCAACACAGACAGCACCAAAAAGGACAUGACUUCAAAAAGUUUUCCUGGAGCGGUGAGCCGAAAACACGACCGAGAUGUCGAGAAAGGCUUGGACAGGGAGACCAGUUUGUGACCUUUUAUUUUCUUGUUUAACCCCCCCCCCCUUUGUUGUUGUUUUGCUCAACUGCACACCGAUUACAGACACAAAUGUGCACACGCUUACUUACAUGCACACACACUCACCAAUGUGCUCACAACGUCUUACUCACAUGCACACACACCCACCCACAAAUACACACAAACCCACAUCUUCACGAACUACACACAGCACCAACUGUACAUGCAUGUAUUAUUGUGCCACAUUCCAAAACUUCUAUACGUUCCUUUGUACAUUUGUCUGUGCUUGUUCAAGUGGUGAAAACCUUUAGCAAACCAUUGCACCAUUUUCCAUGGUCGUUGCGUGUUGAAGUAUGCCUGUGUGUGUGUGUGUGUGUGUGUGUGUGUGCGUGCGAAUGUAUGUGAAUGAGCGUAUGGUUGAUUGAGUGUUUGUGAUUUUCUGCGUGUGUGAGUAUGUACAGUAUGUGUGUGAUGUAUUGAUUCUUUUAGUGGUGGGGUGAGGGUACAUGAGUGUAUCAAUGUGAUGUUUCAUGUUUUAAAAUGCCCCAAUGACAUUUUCAAAGUUUGAUUUUUCUUUUUUUCACGAAUAGUAUGUAUUUUGUAUGUUUUUUAUUUUUUGACUUUAGAAUAUUCUCCUUUUAAAAAAAAUUGUCUUGUGUAUGAAAUAUAUCCAGUUGUUUUUUUUUGUUUUUUUUUAAAGAAACGUACAUAGCUAGCAAGUGCUAGAUAUAGAAACUAAGAGACGUACUAAAUAGAUAUCGUGUUUCUGUCUGAAAAAUUCAUAUAGAAAAUGUAUAUCACUCUGAAAAAUUUACUGAAAUCUUUGCAAAUGUAAUAAGAGUAAAAUGUCAGUAUAUUAGCAGUAUAUUUCAAAAGUAUGUUCAAGAAAAAGAAGUCUUGAGGAGGCCGUCUUGAGACCUUCAGUACAUCCACACUUUUUAGUGGAUGCUUGCCAUUUAAAUUUUUUGCUUUUCUUUUCUACAGCAACUUUGCUGCUAAAUGUCUCUUGUCUAUCUGUAUUGUUAUUUUUUUAACCUUUUCUCUUCUUCCCCUUUUGGUAACACUUAAUUUCAUGUGGUCUGUGUUACAGCGCAUCUACCUACGUACAUAGGUAGCCUAUACAGUGAAACAUUCUUUGUAACAAUAACGUAAUAUCAUGUGCUAGCGUGGUACUUACAUGAUGUAUUUUGGAUGGCAACACAUGCAUUGUGUAAGCACAGCACUAGUGUCUGAUAUUAAAGUAAAGUGUUGCCCCCCUCUCACCCAGACACAUCUCCUAUACUUGUUCUGACUUGUUUGUUUCGGGACGUGCGAUCUGGGGAUGGCGUGAAGACGGGAUAACCAACCAUGUACAGAAUAGAGGACGAGAGGGUUGGUUUACCAGUACAUAUAGUACAUAGAAAGCUUACAUAUAUAUUUUGUUUAAAUGGAAUUUAAAAUGUAAUGAUAACUACUAUUAUGCUUGCAUUACUGUUCCAUCCGUCCACGUACUGUACAUGCGUCGCUGUGUGUCAAUGGCAGUCAUGUGACUUCGCCUCUCAAAUCCCACGCUCCUGAUUGGCUGCUGGGAAUGGAAUUUUCCACUCCGAGCAGCGAACUCUAACCCAUGAAUACCCGUGUAUACCUGUAUGUUGUAUGUACCAGUUGGCGAGAGAGAUACGGCGGUCGGGAGGUAGAGGAGGAUGCAAUAAUUCUUUCAUAAGAGGGCAUUACGUAUAUCAAGUUCCAAAUGGAGAUUUUUUUUUAACAUAAUAUCUGUACAUUCCAUCUUGUAUUUUUGUCCAUGUAUAAAGUGUUAUGACUUAACAUGUCUAUAUGUAAUUUAAAACAGAUUUAGACAAAGAGUAUAGUUGCAGAGUUAGUUGCGGUUACUCGGCCACUUCUCUUGGCUUCUCAUAAUGCUUGAAACUGCCCAAAAGAGGCAGGCGGUAGAAUUUUUUGUAGAGUUAAACUACUGUGCACUUUCACGUUUUAUUUUGCAACUGAUUAUUCGAGUAUACCCUCAAAAGCGAUACUGAUGUUGUGAUCAAAUCAGUAUUGGCUCUUUGAAAUGUCUCCAUCAUUGAUUGAUUCUCACUUACAAAUAAAGCAAAUGUAUUGUUGUCAGUGUGACUUUUUUCAAAACAAGAUUCCUGUGAAAGCUAAUAAAGCUAACUAAUAUAUUG